ACCGUACCAAGGAUGUACUAAAGAACUGACACAGCGUUUAAUAUCUUCAUUUAAACUUCCUUGUUAUGUUGAAAAAGGGAAUUAUUUGCUUACAGCCAUAAUUUAUUCUGCAUUCAUUAUGGCUGGUGUUCCUUGUAUCCAAGUUUACCCCUGGAUCCUGAAGGCUUGAUCCUGAUGGCAUGAUCAUGUUGGCUUUAUCCUGUGGUACAUGAUGAUUGCUGUUUAAGUUCAGUACCGUACAUCGAAAGAUCCUGAUGGCAUGAACCUGUUGGUUUGAUCAUGUGGACAUGAUGCUUGCGCUUUUAGAUCAGUACAUCAGAAGAUCCUGCACAUAAAAGAAAUUGCGAAAUUAAAAAAAAAAUAUUAUGAUUGUAUGUUGAAAAAUAAACCUGUUUUUUAUAAUCAUAAUUCAUUAUUAUAUGACUUCUUUUAUGUACAGGAUCUUCUGAUGUAUUGAUAUAAAACAGCAAGCAUCAUGUCCACAUGAUCAAACCAACAGGUUCAUGCCCUCAGGAUCUUUCGACGUACUGAACUUAAAUAGCAAGCAUCAUGUACCACAGGAUCUAGCCAACACAAUAAUGUCAUCAGGAUCAAGCCUUCAGGAUCUAGGGAUAAACAUGGAUACAAAGAGAUACACGAUGCGGGUAAGCAAUGAAUGGCAACAGCAGUGUGAAAACACAGAUCUCUAUCCCGCACUUGAUGCGUUCGUGAAAGAGGAGACAAACAACUUCUACGAUGAUGUAGCAGAAAAAGCAAUAGAAGAUGUUCAAACUGGUGUUAUUGAUGAAGAAAGCCUUAUUAAAUCAUGGGAGAAGGCUUUCAGGGAGGAGACGCUGGAGUACGCGGAACCGGAAGGCACCACCGAUGAGGAGCUCUUCUCGACUGUGUACCACCGCCUCGUGCACUCGCCGGCGCUGGAGACAAUACUGCAGGUGGAGCAGGCGUAUGCGCUGGCCGUGCGCGAGCUGACCACCCAGCGUGACGAGCAGCUGGCAGAGCUGGCGGCCAGCCAGACGGAGGAGAUGUCGCGUGCGGUGGAGGGCGUGCACGUGUACAGCACGGAGCAGGAGAUCAGCGCGCUGGCGGCGCGCCACUUCGAGGACCAGAACCUGCUGCAGGGACGGUGGAACAGCGAGGUGGACACGCUGCGCGAGAACCAGCGGCGCGAGUACCGCGACUGGCUCGUCAGGAUGCUGGAAGACCACCAGGUGCACGUCUCCCGGCCCACGGUGUCGCCCCCGGGGCUGCGACCAGCACAGGACUUCGCCCGCACGGGCAGCCAGGACGAACCCCAGUCGUCACCGAUGCUCGAGGAGAGCUUCACCAUCCACCUCGGCUCGCAGAUGAAGCAGAUGCACAACAUCCGCAUCCUGCGUGCAGAUGCGCUCGACUUCUGCCGAGUUUCGCCACGGCAGUCUGGGGCUCUGGAUCCACAGCCACAGCGACUGCAGACUGCCCUUGGCCUCUACUCCAGCGACCUUUGCGGGCUCGUACUCCUCACGGACAGUCACAUGGGGACGUUCUCCGGCCUCACCAAGGAGCUGAGCGGCGUGUGCCAGCAGUCCACGGAGUUCCACUUUUCGCCCGUGGAGGACCAGCUGGAGGGCGUGCGGGCGGAGGUGAAGAAGGCUGUGGCUUGGCGGCAGGCGCACUGGGGCCCAGACAACCUGGUUGGCCUCACUGCCGCAGAGCAGCAGGUGCGUAGGUUUGGCUCGUCCCGGACCCUGCAGACGGGAGACGUGUUCAUCACGCGCCACUCAAACCUGGCACAAGUGCACGUUGUGUUCCACAUGGUCGUGGAUGACUCGUUGCAGUCCAGUAAGGGGCCACAGCGCUACGGCGAUAUCAACUCCAGGCACUCGGCGAUCCUCGGGCUCCGCAACAUCCUCAAGACGGCGUGCUCCAACGACAUCACAACCCUCACAGUGCCCGUGCUUCUCACGCACGAGCUGACGGAGGAUAUGACGUUGGGCUGGUGCGCGAAGAGGGCGGAGCUUGUCUUCAAGUGCAUGAAGGGCUUUAUGAUCGAGAUGGCUUCAUGGGGCGGCUCCGAGCUCAAGAACCUGCAGUUCCUCGUUCCAAAGGGGAUUUCUGAGGAUAUUUUCAGUACACUCGCUACCAUGUUGCCGAGCAUAUUCAGGGUAUCCAACCCGCUGGUGUUUAAAGUAUCAUCAACACCCCAAACACCCAAAAGUGGAUAGCCAUAACUGUAAUUCUGUUUAGUGUGUUGAUGUCCUAUUUUUGUGCCAUCUAUUUAUAUAUAUUUAAAAUUAAUUAGAGACUAUACAUUUAUUUAUUUACGUGCAUAAUGCAUACUCAAGAUGUGUGUUAUUGUUUUCAUGGAUGUGUUAAUGUUAUUUUUUCGUAUGGUAUAGCUUAAUAACCUAUGAGUAAAUAGAUUUUUUCAAUA